UGACCAGUUGACCACUAUCUUGUGUCCGGCAGACAUGUGAAAUCAACAGCUGGGCUUGUUAUUGUGCAGUACCUGGUGUCAAGCCGAUUUCACAGCAUUUACAAUACUGACGGAAUACCUAGACUUGGAUUACCGGCUGAUAGUAUAUUAUAGAUAUUGAAGAGAAGAUUUUGAAUGACCUUGGCAACAGUUGACAACAAUUAACCGAGAAAAACAAAAUUUUCCAGCUUGUGAUAAAACGGAAUUGCUGUCAUAAAACCAACACUAUAUAGCAUACAUGACGAUGUGAAACUUAAUAUGGCGGACAUCUUGAAAAUGGCUAAUAAACAUUUCACUGCCUGGUGUUACUAUGGCAACAGAAGAUAUAAAAUUUAAUUUCUUUCCCAUUUGUGGCCACAUCAUUAGAAAUUAAUGACGAUGGGGCCUUGGAUUUGUACAUUUGGUAAUAGUGUGAAAUUUAAUAUGACUGGAUGUGUUGAGGUGGCCAGGUAACAGUGAUGUUUGGAUUUGUUCACAAACAAGAGCGGUUUAACAACAUGGCUGGAUGGCACAGUUUAUCUGGAGAUCUUCAAUACAGGACAGGUGGAGGCCUGAGCAUCUUGAAGCCAAAGAAGAAAUUAUGGUUUGUGUUAGAGGAGAGUAAAUGCCAGCUAAAGUUUUACAACUCUGAGGCUGAGGCCAGAAAAAAGCCACCGAUUGGUCAGAUUGAUUUGAAGGGAGCUGCGAUUUCAUUGGAUCUUGAACAGCAAAACCAGUUCAUUAUCAUAGCAAACUCCAAAGAUCAUAUUUUCACAGCUGAAAAUCAUGAGUCAUUGAUGAUCUGGCUUAUAGGAUUACAGGCAAAGAGAGAUGCCUGCUUGCAACGUUCCGUCUCCAGGCCCGAGCUCCGUGGCUGUUCAUCACUACCUUUACAGGGGUUUGACAGCCAGAAACGGAGGAGUUCAGAUUUCAUCGGACAUCCCAUGUUUCGAAAGGACAAUGAGCAUGAGCAGUUGAGAAGGAGCAACACAAUUGGCAGUAACCAUGGCAUCCAGCCUCCUAGAAGAAACAUGAGACAGGCCGACUCAUUGGACAGCGUGUUGGAGUCAUGUGAGCGAGUGAACGAGUAUUACAUUGUGAAUCGCUCCCGAUCAUUGCCACCUCUUAUGGAAGUAGUCAGCGAAUCUUCACUCAGAAACCACAAAAGUCGCCAGCUCUCCAGGAGUGUCACAGAGGAGGACUGCAUCUCCCCGGAGACAAACCAUGACCAACUGUGGCUACGACGCGACAGCAACAGCAGUGGGUGUCUCAGUCAGCAGGAAGACAAUGAUGACGUUUUCCGAGAAAAUGUCCGAGAAAUUGGCCUUCUGAGAACAUCUGAAGAGAAACUGAAGCUGCUUCGUCAGAAUCAUGUGUCUACUGUGGAUGUGCUGACAGAUUGCUCGUCCAAAAACUGUGUCACAGCCAUGAGUGGACAUGAGCGUACAAGCUCCUGUUCAGGCCUCAGUUCUGGAUCCACUGACUCUGCCAUUGACAAGGGUCCCCCUGACCCUCAGCAGGAGAUGCUUAUAAGGAUGGCUGAUCUAGAACAAGAACUCAUUGCCACGAAGUGCGAGUUGGCCAAGGUGCUGAACCAGCAGACGUUUUUCCACGAUAUGUUGGAGAAGAAGGAUGCCAUUAUUCAUGAGCUGGACCAGACGCUAGAUCAGCUUGGAGUGGCUGACAUCAAGAGACAAAUGCUGUAUGGUGGUAAGUUCAUGUCCACAAAGAAAGGAAAGGCUUUGCAAGAGACGGUUCGUGUCCUCACAAACCAGAACCGGUUUUUGAAUGAGGAGAUAAGACGCUUAGCAAAAAUCCGACAGAGUGAACAAGAUAAAUACCGAGAACAAGAAGACAGACUGCGUCACUACGAGGCAGAGAUUGAGGGCUGGAAGAGGAACUAUGUGUGUAUCGUUCAAUCAUGUAUACACUACCCCACGGGGGACUCUAUGGAUGGGGCGGAGGUGACCCUGUAUGGGGAGGAAAGGCACAAAGCCACAGUCAAAGGUUUGUUGUCAGAAGCCCGGAGGACAAAUCCCAGUCUGCCAACAUUUGAGAGAUUGGCAGGCAGCCCUCACCAUGUGGAUAACUAUGGGUUCAAACACAGCCAUCAGAACACUGGUCUGCUCCUUCAUUACAUCUGCCAACAACUCAACCAGCACUACACAAUGCAGCUGGCAAACUACGAACACCAUCAGCUGCGCUGGAAGGACUUUCUUUGUCAGCACAGAGAGUUUGACAGAUCGGAUAAAGAGCUGAAGCAGUUGUGUCGCGGAGGAAUACCACACCAGUACCGUAAAGAGGUCUGGCGGAGGCUUGUCUACAGCCAAGUGGAUGACCUACGCAAGGAAAAAGGACCUCACUUUUUCCGAAACCUCUGCAACUCACUGCCAGAUUCCCAGUCCCUAUUGGGUCCCCUAUGGCCAUACAUGAGGAGGUUUGUCAGAUACCUAGCAGAGUGCAAUGGUUUCUACCAGUCCCUAUUGGGUCCCCUAUGGCCAUACAUGAGGAGGUUUGUCAGAUACCUAGUACCUGUCCCUAUUGGCUCCCCUAUGGCCAUACAUGAGGAGGUUUGCCAGGUACCUAGCAGAGUGCAGUGGUUUAUACCAGUCCCUAUUGGGUCCCCUAUGGCCAUACAUGAGGAGGUUUGUCAGAUACCUAGCAGAGUGCAAUGGUUUCUACCAGUCCCUAUUGGCUCCCCUAUGGCCAUACAUGAGGAGGUUUGCCAGGUACCUAUCAGAGUGCAGUGGUUUCCACCAGUCCCUAUUGGGUCCGCUAUGGCCAUACAUGAGGAGGUUUGUCAGAUACCUAGCAGAGUGCAGUGGUUUAUACCAGUCCCUAUUGGGUCCGCUAUGGCCAUACAUGAGGAGGUUUGCCAGGUACCUAGCAGAGUGCAGUGGUUUAUACCAGUCCCUAUUGGGUCCCCUAUGGCCAUACAUGAGGAGGUUUGUCAGAUACCUAGCAGAGUGCAGUGGUUUCCACCAGUCCCUAUUGGGUCCCCUAUGGCCAUACAUGAGGAGGUUUGUCAGAUACCUAUCAGAGUGCAGUGGUUUCCACCAGUCCAUAUUGGGUCCGCUAUGGCCAUACAUGAGGAGGUUUGCCAGGUACCUAUCAGAGUGCAGUGGUUUCCACCAGUCCCUAUUGGGUCCCCUAUGGCCAUACAUGAGGAGGUUUGUCAGAUACCUAGCAGAGUGCAGUGGUUUCCACCAGUCCCUAUUGGGUACCCUAUGGCCAUACAUGAGGAGGUUUGUCAGAUACCUAGCAGAGUGCAGUGGUUUCCACCAGUUCCUGUUGGGUCCACUAUGGCCAUGCAUGAGGAGGUUUGCCAGGUACCUAUCAGAGUGCAGUGGUUUCCACCAGUCCCUAUUGGGUCCCCUAUGGCCAUACAUGUGGAGGUUUGUCAGAUACCUAUCAGAGUGCAGUGGUUUCCACCAGUCCCUAUUGGGUCCCCUAUGGCCAUACAUGAGGAGUUGGCAGCUCGGUACAGGAAGCAGAUAUCCUUGGACCUGAUGAGGACAAUGCCCAGCAAUGUCAAAUUCUCUUCUCCAGGCUCUAAAGGGAUCCAUGACCUCCAGGAUGUGUUGUUGGCCUUCUGCAUCCACAAUCCGUCAGUGGGGUAUUGUCAGGGGCUGAACUUCAUCGUGGCCAUGUCUCUGCUCAUCAUGGAACCCCCUGAUGCCUUCUGGACUCUGGUGGCAGUUACGGAGAAGUACUUUUCGCCGAACUACUUUAAUCACAAUCUGAUUGGUGCUCAGGCUGACCAAGAGGUCCUAAGGGAGAUAAUCCUUGACAAGCUUCCUAAACUUUGCCAUCACUUGGAAGACAUUGACAUCGAAAUCUCCACGGUUACCCUCAACUGGUUCAUGGCCAUCUUUUUCGAGGCAGUGCCGUUUGAGACACUGUUGAGGAUAUGGGACUGUUUUUUGCUGGAGGGGCCCAAAGUGCUGUUUCGCUUUUCGCUGGCAAUCCUGAAGGUCCACCAGCAUGAUUUGCUGCAGAAGACGGACACAAUCAGCGUCAUGCGCCACCUGAAGGCAUGCGCUAAGCUCACCUAUGACAUCGAUGGAUUGAUCAAAACGGCCUUCGAGGAGUUAGCUCCCUUCCCAAGCCGCCGUGACAUCAGCAUCAAACAAGCUUGUUACCUGAACGUCUUGAAGGACAAGUACAAGAAGCGAGAAUGGCACAGGAGAGCUUACGUUGAGCGGGAACAAAUGCUACUGGAGCAGAAAGCAGAUUCGGAGAAUGCGAUGUUGAUUGAGUGCGUGGCAGAGUAUGAUGAAGGUAAACUGUGGUUAUGUCACAGUGAAAACAACAUCUCCAAGGUGUGCAAAGUGAACUGCUCAGAGAACAUGAUGUACAACCUGGCCUUGGAGUUCGAGUCUCGGGUGUUGUGUAUGACAGCCCUGAGAACAGACAUCAUGUUGAUUGGAACCGUUGCCUGGUCACUGUUAGCUUUCGACACCCGCUCCAGGGAGCAGAAGUGGGAGUUACAGCUUCAUGAUGCUGUGUUGUCGUUGUGUGUCCUGAAGGAUGGUAAGCAAUGUAGAGUGUUUGCAGCUCUGGCCGAUGGAACCUUGGCAGUGCUGGAGAAUGUAGGCUCUAGCCUGCCCAAGUUGGAUGUGUUCUACGUACCUGUGGGAAAAUCAUCUGUGACAUCCAUGUCAUUGCUCAACGACCAGCUGUGGUGUGCCUCAGGGAACAUGGUGUACGUUCUGCAUGCCAGAACUCUGGAUCCGAUGGACAACUUCACAGUAUCCGCCAAUCCAUAUGAUCAAGUCCUCAGUCUGGUACCUGGGGAGUUUGGCAUGUGGAUCUCCCUCAAAGGAUCCUCCAUCUUGGAAUUGUGGGAUACCAAGGGCCUCUCUUGUAAGAUGCUGUACGACACUCGUGCAGGCAGAUACCCCAACCUGAGAAAGGAGGAUGACUCCUACUUCAACAAGGCUCGCAUAACAUCCAUCUAUUCCCAUGGUAACACAGUCAUGGUAGGCACUGGUGAUGGUGUUCUUAUCACCUUUGAAGUGGUAGAGAGGCUUCCCACAAAAUCCUCGCCAGACGGAUCACAAUGCAGCGAGAGUCGCUCCAGCUCACCAUUUUACAUCUCCAAUCCUAGAGAGCCUCACUCCUCUGUUUCUUUGAACUCUGUGAAUGAUGCCAAGGACAAAGUCAAGGAGUAUUUUGAAAGACUGGAGAUGCCAUUGUACCAAAGGGAGAUAACAAGCAUGGAUGAAAAUUUGGCAUGGGAGCCAAAUUUGGAGUGUUCCAGUCCGAGGACUGAUGUCUUAAGGGACUUUGAUACAAUCUCUUAUCCAAGCUCUCUUGCCUGUAGUGAAAUUUCAAAUUCCAUUUCGAUGCAUGACAGUUCAGUACAGAGCAAGGGAGAUAAUUCCGACAGUGAACAAGGUCAGGUUUUGAGGGCUGAGACCAGGAUUGUGGAAGAAGGGAGAGAACUGCUUCUGGCUCAGGAUUUCGUAACCCAAGACUGUCCAUCUCCUUCCACACCUACAGCAGAUGGCCUGACCUUGUUCAACAAGAACGACCUUGAGCGCCAGGACAACAUCAAUGACAGUGGCUUGAAGGGUGAGACAGCUGAAGUCGUGAAGACGACCGUUCAUGGAAAGUACAUCUGCCAAGAAAAUGGCAGUGAUACUUGCAUCGUACCACAGGAAAACAACCCAAAUGCAAAUGUUGUGGAUGACAAUCUGAACAACAACAACAAUAAUAUCCCCAAGAUAAACAUUAAUGGAGAACAUGUGGUUAGUGAAAAGGAGACUGGAGGGAGCACUUCUGAAGAGAACAGUCUGUUUGCAAGCGUGACAUCAAACGAGUCCUUCCGCACUUGUGAAGAUAAAAAUGACAACGUAAAAGACGUGUCUGAAAUCACUGUUGACAGCAGCUCAAACGAUUUUGUCAGCUGUACAGGUAACAGUGAAGAUAUAUUCGAAGAUGAAGUUUUUUACGAGGCCAUGAAUGAGGCAGCGUCCAAUAACGACAAACCAGCUGAGAAGCCUUCCGAGCUGACUGUGAACGAAACAUCGCGUCCAAGGUCACCGGGCCAAUCCAAGGACAAACUGAGAAGCCGACCUUUGAAGAUAAGAAAGCGCUCCAAAAAGCUGACGUCAGAGGUUCAGUAUCGCCUUGACUUCUCCGACAUGAAAGUUUCCAUUGACUCCACAGUCAGCUCAUCUUCAUUUUCGGAGAGAAGAAGUUCGCUGAUGUCGAAUUGGUACCCCAGCGACUCUUCUCUGGAUCAGCUGAAGAGCAGCCUCAGGGGAGACAACUCCUGCAGCAUGUCGCAACUCUACACCAAACCCAGUGAGAAAAUCGCUAUGGCAACCACUCCACCCAUCAUCAUUGCUUCGCACAAGACAAAUCAGUUCCUGGAAAUGUCAGCAUUUAAGAGGGUGUCCAGCUCGGACACCCACAUGGAUUCUGUGGGCCUGUCCAGUUUGGAGGACAUGUCAUCACACAAGGAGUGUGAAUCCUCAGAGGCUAAGGGUCAGCUGGGGGUAGGGAGAGUCCAGAUCAGCCAUAACUCCAGCUCUACCUCACUCUGCAGCCUGACAGAAGCACAGCUCUACGCCUUCGACCUUGUAUUACAGGCCAAGGUCAAGAUCUCAGACAAGCCAGUGAAAUGUCUUCUCCCCACAAGUGUGAAACAGGAAACAGUGAUAGUGAGCUGUGCUGGUUGCCAUGGUGAUGAUGAAGCUGUGCUCAGAUGGAGGAAGGAUGGCAAUGAGAAAAUUUGGACAAAUGAACCAAUCUAUGAGAUUUGCCAGACAACAAACAAGGCCAAGCUGCCGACAUACAUGCGCAAUAGCGUGUCUUCCUCUCAGUCGAGUAGUGAGAGUAGAACAAGUAGCAGCUCAGUGGUUGCCCUGAACAACAUCUGAGGGACACUUGGGGAAGCUGGAGGGCCUUCGAUGACAGAGUUGUCCCCCUUGGGUGGGUCAGAUGUAUUGUGACUUGAAAUACCAAUAGAUGUGGAGAGAAGACCAUGUCCAGGUUUAGUGAAAGGUGGUCGCUGCGUUUACCUAAUACCAGGACAUGGCAGCUGACAAAUGCUUUUGCCGUUGUCAUGAUUCACACCUCUCAUUUGAGAAGGCUUUCCUUGGAAAUGAACAUUGAUUGUCACCAAUUGUUGCCAAAAGGAAGAUCUAGCCAGUAAAGGAGGACACACGUGUUCUGGACUUCUGGGCAGUCUGUGAACAGAGCAUUUUUGUACAGCUGUUGCUAUGUUUUAGGGCAAAUUUGCAAUAGUUUAUGGAGAAUAACGGGCUGUUUUCUACAGAAGUCUGUUAUCCAUGGCACACUCACACUUACAUGAUCAUUUUGGCUGCCCUUCA